AUGGCUCCUCCCACAGGUUCUCGCGCCGGCCACAGAGGCAGGUCUGCCCCGCGCGCUUCUCGAGGUGCCGGAGUCGGAAAGCACCGCGCCGCGCACAGGACGGAUCAGGAUGGUGACAUCGCGAUGGAUAGGGCCACUGCCGCUACUCGUUCCGCCCGGGGGAACCGCGGUGUCCGAGGUGGCAGAUCGGCCCGACCGUCAUCGCGCCUCACACAGAACGUCAUACACUACGUAUCAGAGAGCGAUGGCACCAGCCGCAACUCAAAAGUACAUCUGGAGAAAACCACGCUCAAGAUCAGCGGGCUCAAGGACAGCAAAGCGGCCAACAACCCAGACGGCGGGCUUCGAUCUCUUCUAGACUUCCUGGAGCGCAAGUCGUCCAAGGAACGACCGAUCACCCUCGGCAGAGGAGUUAUUCAAGGGCAACAUGUCUUCGUCAAGGUUUCGAGAGAUGAUGCGCCACACGUAUUACGGUUGAAUGGCUUCACAUACGCCGGAGCUCCAUUGACGAUCGAGGUAGCCAACGACCCCAUGCCGGGACCAGGCGCUCCCUCUACGAACGACUCGGACGGCAAAGCCGCCGAAACGAAGCAGAAGCUCAUUGCAGUCUUGGCUUCACGAUACGAUGCCCAGCAGAGACUACUCAACCUGGCAGCCCUAGGGUCGGAUCCUACCCUUAUCAGCAUGGGCAGCUUUGCCACGACGUCCCUGGCGGAGAAGUCAUUUAAAGCACUUCUCCACCUAACAAACACCCAAUACAAGAAUGCCGCCGAGAAAGAGGCCGCUAUCCAGGCCGUGUCGCUUGCAAGUAACGACAUCGUAGACGUUGGCGCCGUCUUCACGUUGGCCCGUACCCUGCCACGUCUUCGCCGUCUGGACCUGAGUGGCAACAAGCUCGAGGACCUCUCCAAAAUCUCGAAGUGGCGACAUGAAUUCCCGUACUUGGAGGAGCUCCAUCUUGUUGGAAAUCCAGUUGUCGAGCUGCCGAACCAUCGCGCUCAAAUUAUCGACUGGUUUCCCUCAUUACAGAUUCUGAACGGCGAGCGGGUUAGGACCCUCGGAGAGGCGACCGAGAAUCUGAAAGCUUUCAUUCCGACGCCACUACCGAAGCUCCCUUCGAACAUCCGGGACGGGUCGAACAACGUCGCCGCCACCUUUCUCCACGGGUUCUUCUCUCUUUACGACCACGAUCGACGUUCCCUUGCCGCCCAGUUUUACGACAACGAGUCAGUGUUCUCCAUCAACACCGGCGCCGGCUCCGUUGACUCAGAGUCAUACAACAAAUACUCCCGCGACAUCGCUAAGCUCGGUGUCCGGAACCCCAGGACCCAGCAGAGGUUGAUCACCGGAGUCAACCUCAUCUCCGAGCUCUGGGUUCUGCUGCCUCCCACACGGCAUCCCGGUCUGGACCAGCCCGAACAGUGGCUGGUGGACUCCCACACCUUCCCCAACCUCCUCGAUCCUUCCGGCCAGUCCUCCGCAAUCGGCCUGACGAUUAAUGUCGUCAGCCAAUUCGAAGAGCUCGACCCGGGUCAGCAGCCGGCGGGCAUUCGCAAGUUCGCGCGGUCUUUUGUUCUCGGUCCCAGCAAGCUGGGUGCUACGCACCCCUACCGAGUCGUCAGCGACGAGCUGACGUUAAAAGACUGGACGCCGCAUCAAGCCAACGUCGCGAUGCCCGUCCCCGUCGCGCAAGUCCCCGCCGCUCCCAUCGCGGCGGCUCCUCCCGUCACGGCGGCGCCUCGUCUCCUGGACGAGGCGACGCAGACGUUGAUGGUCCAGGAGCUGUCCAAGCAGACCGGGAUGAACGCCGAGUACUCUCGGCUGUGCUUGUCCGGUCCCGCGGACUGGAAUUUCGACUUGGCUCUCAAGUCGUUCCACGAGAAGCGGGCCGAGCUGCCCCCGGAGGCUUUCGUCAUGUCUGCAUAG